AUGAGUAAAAAGGUUUCAAAAACAAAAAAAAAUGUUCAUGUUGUUGAUUUUAGUACUUUGGAUAAUCCAAAUAUUAGUUUAAUUCCUAAUAAUUUGUGUGAAGGUAUUCAACAACCUGAAGGAAAGGUAUUAUUUUUUUUCGAUAACCGAAUGUUCUCAUUCUAUCAAAGUAUCUGCCAACUUGUUUACUCUGGCAAAGAUGCAUAUCUCUGGACUUUGCCAUCAAUCCAAGCUUUUGUUAGAGCUUUCGUCAUGCAUGGUGGAAAUAAAACUCAUACCUCUGUUGAAAUGAAGUGCUCUGGUAUCAACGUUAAUGGUUCUCAAGUUAAAAGUUUUGUUUACAGAAUAGAAGGUGCCAAGAUAGAGAUUCCAACAAUCUUGCAAGAGGUUAAAUUUAAUAAUGGUACUAAGGUUGGCCAAGCAUGGGACGAGCAUCAAGAAAAUCUUUUUGUAACUGCUCUCUUUGCAUAUGCUAACAGACCACAAAUGAUUAGCAACAUUUUUCAUUUAAAUGGUUAUAAUUUAAGUCCAAAAUUCUUCACAAAUUUGGUUGAUGGAAGAAACUAUAAUUUAACUAAACUUCCUAAUUUUAAAUUUAUUGGUGAUCAAUUAUGGGAUGAAACCAAUCAACUCCAUUUAAAAACAUUAUUUGAAGAUGAUCCAAGUGUAUCAACUAUUAGAGAUAAAUUAUUAUCAAAUCAUGGUAUCACUGUAACAAGUAAACAAAUUCAAAGUCAACUUUUAAAGCAAGGUUUAAAAUUAAAAAAAGUUUCUACUUAUUCAAGAAAUGUUACCUCUUGGAGCAAAGAAGAACUUAGUAUUGUAAAGAAUGUUUUUAGUUCCACCUAUAAAAAUAAAGCAUCAUUAGCAGUACUAAUAUUAUCAAAGUAUUUCGAAGCUAUCAGAACUGAACGUUCAUGUAAAAAACAAAUUAAUAAAGACAAGAGUAUUAAAAUUGGUUUGGACUUGGUCGAUUAUACCGAUGAAAAUGAAGAAGAAUUAUUAGAUGGUAUUUCUUUACAACCAGCUAGCAAUUAG